GUCCGCCCCCCCGCCAUGGCGACCGCAAGGCAAGUGCUCUGUCUCUGUGCUUUCCUCUCCCUGCCGCACGCUCGCGCCGAGCCCAUCCGCUACUCCGUGGCCGAGGAGAGCGAGAGCGGCUCCGUGGUAGCCAACGUGGCGGAGGACGCGGGGCUGGCCCCGGCGCAGCUCUCGGCUCGCCGCGCCCGCCUGCUCUCGGAGGACGGCCGGCAGCACCUUCGCUUAGAGCCGGGCACCGGCCGCCUCGUCGUGGCCGAGAGGCUGGACCGCGAGGAGCUGUGCGGCCAGUCCGCUACCUGCACUCUGCCCUUCGAGCUCCUGUUGGCAAACCCCGUGCAGUUCUUUCGGGUGGAGGUGGGCGUGGAGGACAUCAAUGACCACGCGCCCGUUUUCCCGGAGGAACGGGUCACUCUUAAGAUAGUGGAAACGAGCAACCCUGGCUCUCGUUUUCCUCUGCAGGCGGCUCGGGACCUGGAUGUUGGCAGCAACAGUAUCCAGGCUUACAGCAUAGCUCCUGAGAGCAAGUACUUUGGUAUUGAUUUGGGGAGUCAAAUUAAGGGCAAGAAGUAUGUGGAAUUGGUCCUGGAAAAGCCACUCGACAGGGAGGAGAAGGCAGAGAUGGAUUUCAGUCUCAUUGCAGUAGAUGGGGGCUCUCCACCCAGGAGUGGAACCACCCAAAUCCACGUUGUCAUUCUAGAUGUAAAUGACAAUGCUCCCAUCUUCUCACAGGAACUUUAUGUUGGGCAGGUUUUGGAAAAUGCCCCAGAGGGCUCUGUGGUUCUCAGAGUCGUUGCGACCGAUCGUGAUGCAGGAGUUAAUGGGGACAUAUCUUAUCAGAUCAGCCAAGCAGGAGACCAGAGCUACUCAGCAUUCACGAUAGACCCCAUGAGUGGUGAAAUUAAACUCACAAAACCUUUGGACUUUGAGACAGCAGAGAAUCAUGAGCUUAGUGUUCAGGCCACAGAUGGUGGGGGCCUCUCAGGAAUUUGCAGAGUGUUGGUGGAGGUGGUGGAUGUGAAUGACAAUGCACCGGAACUGGUGGUCAAUUCCUUCAGCAGCCCAAUCCCUGAGGAUGCAUUGCCUGGGACAGUCGUUGCCCUGUUUACUGUCAGGGACCGGGAUUCUGGUUCCAAUGGGAAGAUCUCGUGUGGCCUCGAGGACCAGCAGUCAUUCUUCCUGCGGCCAGCCUAUAAGAAUUACUUUGAGCUUGUGACUGUCAGUGCACUGGACAGGGAGGAGACGGCACGAUACAUCCUCACAGUCACAGCAGCAGACGCGGGGUCACCUCCUCUCACAAUCACCCACACCUUCACAGUGGACAUCUCCGACGUGAAUGACAAUGCACCUGUGUUCAACCAGACAUCGUACACCAUGUAUGUACGUGAGAAUAACGUUCCCACAGUGCUCGUUGGGACUGUUGGUGCUGUAGAUGCUGACAUUGGGCCUAAUGCCAAGGUGACCUAUGCUCUGGUCCCAGCCCACCAUACAGAGCACCCUCCCUGCUCCUGCAUCUCUGUGAACUCUGAGAAUGGGGAUGUGUUUGUGCUGCGGCCCCUGGACUAUGAGCAGGUGAGGCAGAUCGAGGUCAUGGUGAGUGCCUCUGAUGCAGGGUCACCACCUCUCAGCGCCAAUGUCACCAUCUGCCUUGUUGUGGUAGACGAGAAUGACAAUGCCCCACUGGUACUAUAUCCCUCACAGGAAAGCAGCUCUCCAUCCAGUGAGCUGGUGCCCAUUUCAGCUGAGGCAGGCUACCUCAUCACCAAAGUGGUGGCUGUUGAUGCUGACUCAGGGCAGAACUCGUGGCUCUCCUACCACCUGCUGAGGGCCUCUGAUCCUGGACUGUUUGUGGUGGGUGCCCAAAGUGGGGAGGUGCGACUGAGGAGAUCGGUGACAGAGAGAGAUGCCGUGAAGCAGAAGCUCGUCAUACUGGUGCGAGACAAUGGGCAGCCACCACUGUCAGCCACUGCAGCAAUGAGUGCACUCCUGCUCAGUGACUUCUCGGACAUGCACCUGCAACACAGCAGCCUGACCACAGAGGAUGAGGGCAGCUCCCUGACAAUGUAUUUAAUCAUUUCCUUGGUCUUCAUCUCACUCCUCUUCCUCAUGUCCACAGCAGCCUUUGUCAUUCGCAAGGUGUGCAAGAGAAAGGAACUGAAGGAUGGGCAUGUGCUUUAUGGUGCCAGCAACUUGCAAAGCAGCCUGGCUGAUGGGGCUGCUGCAGCUACCCUGCCCCAUGCCUAUUGCUAUGAGAUCAGCCUCACAACGGGCUCUGGCAACAGCGAGUUCAAGUUCCUGAAGCCCAUCCUCCCCAGCCUGCCACCACAGCUCCAUGCCACAGGUGGGGGUACCAACAAUGAAGUAGAUUUCCCCUGUGGCCCUGGUACUUCAGGGGACAUGGAACCAGACAACCCUGGGAUGCUUUCUGCAGAACAGUUCAAUAGUCUUUCCUUUAACUAGCAUGGUGUUGGCACAGAUGCUUCACAUUUAAUGACAGUAAGGAUCCCUGCUAGGACAUGUGGCAAUGUGACCUCCAGAGAAAAUCUGUAUUUACAGUUGGCAUCAAUGACUUCCUACAAAGUGAGGAAAAAUAUUGACUUCUCCUACAGAAUAAAACCCAACAAAAGUAAUUAAGACUGCCUCAUUUAGGAAACGGCACGUUUCACCUUUGUUAUAGAGGUGAAAAUACAAUUCUGAAAUGCUUUGAGAAUGUUUUUAGUUCCAUGACCCCAGCUAUGAUUUCAUCUCAGUUGCUGAGAGGCAAGACCAUGGAAAAUUCCUCUGUGCUGUA